ACCCGCCGCUGCCACAACGCCGCUGCUGUCAUCGUAGCUGCUGCCCUCGUCGCUGCUACCAUCAACGCCGCUGCCGUCGUGGGAAUGAGCUGCCGCUGCAUUCUGUGCAAAAGGGAAGUGAGCGCCGGCAAACAGCCGACGCACCAGGUUCAAUGGACGCCGAGGAAUGCCGUCGAAGAUAUUCAGCGACAACGCCACCAAUUUCGUCGGCGCCGAUCGCAAGCUGCGCGAGCUGAAGGAGGCGUUUCUAGCAAUGGGUCCAAAAUUGAAGAGAUUCGCAGCAGACGAAGGGUGCAGCUUCACCUUUAUACCACCAAGGGCGCCGCACUUCGGCGGAUUAUGGGAAGCCGCGGUGAAGUCCACCAAACAACAUAUCGUUCGCGUAAUCGGCAACGCGCUUCUCACAGCAGCAACAGUUCUGGCGACAAUGGUCCAAAGUUUAGCUGACAGGCCUUCAGGAAAGCAACAAGUGGCUGCACCAAAACGCAACAUGCAGCUCAACGACCUCGUUCUCGUCCACGAGGACAACGUGCCACCGCAGCAGUGGGUACUAGGGCGCGUCGUCGCAACCGUCGAAGGGCAAGACGGCAAGGGGCGAGUCGCAGACGUGGCGACUAAAGCGGGCACAAUUAAGCGUCCUAUCCACAAGCUGGCCUUGCUUCCACUGGAAAUUGAAGGAAUCUGAUCCUGUCAAGGUAGCCCGUGUUGCGUCAAGCGACAAAUUUAUACCUAAAAUAAAAACAAUA